CCCCCCCUUCCGCCCGGGCUUUGCACGCGGGAGGCGCGAGGCUGCGCUGGCUCCGGAUUUGCAAAAUAAUCCUCAUCCCUCAUCAUCCUACGGGGUGUGGCUGGUGCAGUGUGACUUGGGAAAGUGCCAAGGAUGGAAAUCCAAGAACGGAGAUGAAAUUAUUUGGCACAGCAUUGUGCUAUAUCGGACACCAUUCUGGAAAUCUGUUCUAAUUUUGAUCGUCCUGCAUGCUGAUUCCCUUUGGAUUUAUGGAGGGGGCUGGGCGCACUUUUGAGCACUGCCACGCACAGCAUCCCUCUCGUUGAACAAGGACAGGGUCCUGCCCGAACCGAGCCUCUUUUAGAGCCCCUCGGGCUUCACCAUUCAGAGACCCCGUGGAUGGCUGUUGAGGUCCGCGGAAAGUUUCUACCGGCAGUUCUUCCAUCCUGAGCUGCCCCGGGCUCCUCUCACUGCCCCCAAAUAUUUCACAUAUCCAGAUGGGGUAACGUGAAAGCUCAAGAGAGAACACCAGCGCGUUCGCUGAAUGCAGAUGCCUUUGUGAAGAGGAGGAGGAAGAGAAGACGAGAACUAAGAAGGGGGAAGGAAGCGGAGUGGCACUGAAGGACGACUACUUAAAAUUGCACACUAAGGAUUUUUUUUUUUAAAGAAAAGGAGGAAAAAAAACAAACGAAAGUAUUACUCAGCCUCAAGCACAGGGUCCCCUUUUUUUAAAAGUCGAGGAUUUAGAGAAUCCGACGUUAUCCUAUUUGCACAACGUUUGUGUUGAUUUGAGGGGGAAGAGAGUCAGUCUGGUCAGGCUCGCGUCACUUGGUUCUGUUUUGGGCUUUGCAACUCUUUUUUUUUUUUUUUUUUUUUUGUCGAGAGCCCCUCCCCCCUCUGUUUGUCUCCACCAUGGCACGCAUGAACAGGCCUGCCCCUGUGGAAGUGUGCUACAAGAAUAUGAGGUUCCUGAUAACCCACAACCCAACUAAUGCCACGCUGAAUACUUUCAUUGAGGACCUGAAGAAAUACGGCGCAACCACAGUUGUGAGAGUGUGCGAAGUGACUUAUGACAAGACACCCCUGGAAAAGGAUGGCAUUAAAGUGAUGGAUUGGCCCUUUGAUGAUGGAGCUCCACCACCCAAUAAAAUUGUGGAUGACUGGCUCAACUUGCUGAAGACCAAAUUCUGUGAAGACCCCGGGUGCUGCGUCGCUGUCCAUUGUGUAGCUGGCCUGGGACGGGCUCCAGUUCUGGUCGCGCUAGCCCUGAUUGAGAGCGGGAUGAAGUACGAAGACGCCAUCCAGUUCAUUCGACAGAAACGCCGAGGAGCCAUCAACAGCAAGCAGCUGACCUACCUGGAGAAAUACCGGCCCAAGCAGCGCCUGCGUUUCAAGGAUCCCCAGAACCACAAGAAUAAAUGCUGCAUCAUGUAACCUCUGCGGUGCCUCCUUGCCGGAACCCCACGCGAGAGGGAAGACAAACCGUGCCACCCUCAAAGCGCACAGGGCUUGACUUCUGAAGUUUGCAGAGGACAAUUUGGUCACAGCUUUUCCCUUUUUUUUUUUUUGAGUCGUUCCCAAGCAAGGAGAACGCUGGUUUGCCCCCAUUGUUUGGUUUCCGAGGCUUGAAAUAACGUUGGUUUCCCCUCCUUCUCUCCUUCCUUCCUUCCUUUCCCAAAUAUUUUGUCUUGUCGCAAGCUCUUUGUAACUGACAUCAACUUUUUCAAUGCAAUAACUCCGGAGCGGUCGUCUUUUUUCCUCCAGGAGAACUCGGGGGAUGGAUUAAGGAAUGAACUAGCUAAAGUAGAAGGCCAUAGUUAAAGCCCACUUCUUUCUGGGCAGAGAUAAACCUAGAUACACCGGGGAGCCGAGUUAGUUGGGGUACAAAGGGGUGUUGUGCUGUGCUUGGUUGGUUGGUUGGCUUUCAUGUUUGAACAGGUAGCUGUGGGUCAUCCUUUCUUGCAAGGGUUGGGAGCCAACCCUUUGAACAAGAGAUGGGACAUCCCCUGGUCUGUGGAGAUGAUAAUCCACUGAUCCCGAUGUGUCUUUCACGACUCGCGAUCCCCCCCCCUCGCUUCCAGCAGGAUGCCAUUUCUCUUUUAUGUCCUCGCCCACGAAGUCAUGAAAAAAUUCCCCAUCGGAUUGAAUAAGGAUCGGAUAAGGCUGGCUACUUUUUGCAUGUCUUUGGUUGAGGUUAGAAAAGUGGUUGAGGUUAGAAGUAGGGGACCGGGAAGGUGGCUUUUCUCUCGAAGAGAGAACCGAAGGAUUUAAGGAAGGAGCAGAAAGGAGGCUUAUGGGAAUUGGGAACGGGAAUGGGAUGUGGGAAUUCUUGGUAGGACGGAACGGCACUUGAUUUGGGCGGGGGUCUCGUCGGCCACAAUAAUGUUCAUUUUGAAGAGGAAGAAGCAGAGAAAAUCCCUUUUCUGGAGGGUUUUUUUUUUUCUGUCUUGUGGAGGUGUCUGGCUAAGAAUCUAUUUUCGUAAGCCUUCUGUAUUGACUUUGUGGAAUUAAUGUUUUUAAAUAAAGCCUCUUCAGGUCCCCAGUGAUUUUAUGGACCUAAAGUAAGGGUCUUCAAGCUUGGCAGGUUUAAGACUUGUGGACUUCAACUCCCAGAAUUCCUGAGCUAACAUGACUGGAGGAGGAAUUCUGGGAGUUGAAGUCCACAAAUCUUAAAGCUGUCGAGUUUGAAGACCCCUGACCUCGAGCAAGGGUGGGAAACCAUGGCCCUUUUUUCUUUACUUGUGGACUUCAACUCCCAGAAUUCCUGAGCCAGGCUCAGGAAUUGUGGGAGUUGAAGUCCACCAGUCAUAACAGGGCCCAUGGUUCCACAUCCCUGACCCUAGAGCAAAGGUGGGUGACUAUGGCCCCUUCACAACCUGUGGACUUCAGCUCCCAGAAUCCCUCAGCCCAGCAUGGCUACCUCAGGAAUUCUGGGAGUUGAAGUCCACAGAUACUCAAGGGGACUUAGUUGCCCACACCCCAACCUAGAGGGAACUCUUUUGAGUUUUACCAUUUUCUCCAACGUGUGUGCAAUGCACUUUUGCACAUACUUCCUCACCUGAUACUCCUUGUGAGGAGACUUGUGUCCUCACAAAUCACCAGGACGAUAUCCAUUUCAGUCCAAGUGACUCAGGAGAUGGAUUUCAGCCUCUCGCGUGUAGUUCUUUGAUUUGGGCCUAUCCCCAUGAUGACGAACCUAUGGCACACAUGUCAGAGGUGGCAGGCAGAGCCCUCGCUGUGAACAUGCACACCGUUGCCAACUCUUCUUACGGUUUCUGGCACGCACAUGUGCACUGGCCAAGCUGGUCUUUGCAGGUGCUGGAAAAUGGGCCAAA